AUGAAGAAGAUAAAGAUUGGAGAUGAUAAUCCACAAAUCCGAAUCGAAACGGAGACGGAGUCGGAGGUGAUUGACUCGCCGGAGGUGGAGCGGCUGAGGGAGGAUCUGUUGGACGGAAUCGACGAGGAUUCUGAUCUCUGCACUUCCAUCCACGACCUCGACUCGUUCAUGAAGAGUUUCGAGGAGGAAAUCACUACAUCUCCCACUUCCAGCCACGGAUCCGGAGCGGCUGAGGAAAGAAUCGUCGAAUCGGCGUCGGAUUGCAGCGAAUCCGGGGAGGUUGAGGAAGGAAUCGUCGAAUUGGUGUCGGAUUCCGGCGAAUCGCGGCCGGAUCUAGGCUAUCUGCUCGAGGCGUCGGACGACGAGCUAGGGAUUCCACCUCCGGCGGCGUCUCCGGCGAGGAAGGAGCUGGUGACGGGGUGA